AUGAUCCCCCGUCGAAUACGUGGACUUCAGUCGCCAGCAGAUCAUAAAGCACGUUCUUCACACACCGCAACUCUAUUAUCAUCCGGGAAAGUAUUAGUAACAGGUAGUUAUGUAGAUAUGAAUUAUUUGUCAAGUUGCGAAGUGUACGAUCCUCUAUCGAAUACGUGGACUCCAGUCACCAGCAUGUCAUCAGUACGUUCUUCACACACUGCAACUCUAUUAUCAUCCGGGAAAGUAUUAGUAACAGGUGGUACAGAUGGGAAUCGAGUUUCAUUGUCGAGUGACGAAGUGUGGAAUUUGUAG